AUGGCAUCUAGAUCGUUUUACUUGGCAGACUAUAUUAUAUUUGCCAUUACCAUCGUGCUCUCAGUCGGAAUUGGUCUCUUUCAUGCAUUUGUCGGUGGGAAACAAAAAACAACAUCCGAGUUUCAUCUUGGAAACCGUAGAAUGGCCAUCAUACCGGUUGCCAUUUCAUUAAUAGUGUCGUUUGAAUCAUCAAUCAUGAUGCUUGGAUUUCCUGCAGAAUCAUACGUAUUUGGGAUUCAGAAUAUUAUGGCAGAUUUUGGAUGGUUUGUUGCUAAUCUGCUUUCAAUUAAAAUAAUGAUACCAUUGAUACAUCCUUUGAAGAUUACUAGUGCAUAUGAGUACUUGGAAUUACGAUUUAAUUCCCAUGCUGUGCGAAUACUUGGUACAGUUCUUGGAAUGCUGAAUUAUGCUUUGUACAUGGGUAUUGUACUGUUUGGACCAGCAAUUGCAUUAGAAGCGGUAAUGGGUUUCCCUCAGUUUGCUUCAAUCAUCAUUGUUGCUAUAGCUGCUGUUAUAUAUACUUCAAUGGGUGGAAUAAAAGCUGUUAUAUGGACUGAUGUCUUCCAAAGUUUUGUAAUGAUCGCUGGUAUUAUGGCAAUUUUGAUAAAGGGUACAAUUGUCAGUGGAGGUGUAAAGUCAACUUGGACGAUUGCCAAUGAUAAUGGACGACUUAACUUUUUCGUAUGGGACACAGACAUCACAAGACGACACACGUUUUUGAAUUUAUUUGUUGGCACUAUGAUUAGAGGAACUGGAUUAAUAUUUAAUCAAUCAUCUGUUCAGAGGAUCUGCUCUACACCAACACUCAAAGAUGCUAGAAAAGUAAUGCUAUUUGUUUCGCCAGCAUUCCUCAUAACAAUGGCCAUGGCAUUCUUCGAGGGGAUCGUUGCUUACUCCUACUACCACACACUAGGUUGUGACCCACUCAAAUCAAAACAAAUCACAAAUCCGAAUCAGAUAAUACCGUAUAUGGUAAUGGAUAUUUUCAAUGGUCUACCAGGAAUGCCGGGAUUGUUUAUGGCUUCGUUAUUCAGUGCAUCACUAAGUACGUUGUCAUCUGGUCUCAGCAGUUUAUCAGCUCUGUUUUGGCAGGAUUUAGUUAAGCCUCAUACAAAGCCCAUGUCAGAAUUAAAAGGAACAAUUAUUUCUAAAGUUGCAGUCAUAGUGUUUGGAAUUGUUGCUGUAUGCGUAGCUCUUUUGGUGUCUAUUAUUGGUGGAACAUUAACACAGAUAACUGGAACCAUUCUAGCAGCAAUUGGUGGUCCGCUCACUGGUUUAUUUCUGUUGGGCUGUUUCUGUCCUUGGGCAAACGCUAAGGGGGCAUUUAUCGGAACAAUUUCGGGAAUUAUAUUGAUUACGUGGAUAACAACAGGACAGUACACAUCACCAAACGUUCGAAAAGCUGUACCAUUACCGUCAGCUCCUAUUGACAAGUGUUAUGUACCUUUUACAAACAUAACAACACUGUACAAUGUUUCAACACAGAUGUCGACUUCAACAUAUGAGUACCACUCCACUGUUUUUACCACAGAAUCUCCGAUAGUUGACAAAAUACCUUUUUAUGAUCCUCUUUUGAAUGUUUACUCAGCAUGA